GGAAACUGGACGGGAGCCCAGUCCCAACAGAAGCUGAGUCACCUCGAUGAGAGGCUGUAAAACAAGCGUCGUCGUCACUCCCCCCAAUGCUCUCUCUCUCCGGUAGAAACCAAAGCGAAGCAACCCCAGAUGCUGAUAUCACACACCGACACACAGAGAGGAAAAAAGGGUUUUAGAGAGAGAGAAUAACAGAAUGGAAACAAUGGCGAGGGGAAGCCAUGACCAUCAGAACAAGGCGGGGGCAUUCUUCAUGGCAACUCUGGUGAUGUGGGCUGUCUCGGUUUUCUUCGAAAUACUGUUCAACAAGCGCGCUGAGCUCGCUUGGAUACUUUCUGGGUUUUGCUUCUACCAAUCGGCUAACUGGGUCGUCCGUAAUUGGGUCUCUCGUGACCCUCUCUAUGUCAACACUUGCGUUUCUCUCCUCCAUUCCUCCAUCACCUCUGCUUCAGUUGUUCUGAUUUUGGUCAACCAGUGGAGGACAAAUGGUUCAUAUGAGAUAUUUGAGCACAAACAGUUGUUUGGGGGAACUUGGCCGUGGGCAUACCAGGCAUUGUGCUUUUCAUGUGGUUACUUCGCAUAUGACCAGUGGGAUAUGUUGUGUUAUCGAUUGUAUGGUGGUUGGAUCCCUUCGAUACUAUUGCACCAUCUAAUACUCCUUGUUUGCUUUACGCUUGCGUUAUAUCGAAAUGUUACCAUCAACUACCUUAUCCUCACCCUAAUUUGUGAGCUGCAUUCUAUCUUUCUUCACAUGAGAAAAGUGCGACGGAUGGCAGGCGUUCGUGAGGCCAAGAGCAGAAUAGUGAAGGCGGAAUGGGUUCUUAACUGGGUCACCUUCACUCUAGCAAGAUUCAUUUCUCACGUUCUCAUUACAGUCAAGUUGAUCAAAGAUGCUUCCAAAUUCGGAAAGGGUGUGGAGCUUCCUCUUGCUCUCUUUGGCAUGGCCGGGAUGAAUUUCCUUAAUGUUUUUCUUGGUAUUGAUCUCUUCAAUGCAUAUAGGAGGGAAAAUAAUCCCCAGAAGAAUUCUCAUAAACAUGGUGAAUGACAGACCGGGUGAUGAUUUUUUUUCCCAUCUGUUUCUUGUAAUUUCAUUUGAUGGUUCAUUUGGUUUGUAAAAUGUUAGUCUUCCGCUGUAAAGGAAAUGCAGAUUUAGAUUGCGUUCGAGUGUAAAUUAGAGAAAUGAGAGGUUGGCA